GUGAAUUUGGAGGCUAACAUCCAUAUAUGGUGAGAAGACUUCUUAAUGGAUACGACGAUCAAUAGGUGUUUUUCUUUAUGGUAAUAAUCAUACUAUGUAUAGCUGAUAUUAACAUUUUAAUACUUAGCAUGCAUGUUUUGCUUCCCAUGCCCUAAAACAAAACAAGUGUCAAGCUGUCACUACUAUGGAAAACUCAUACAAUUCCAAGCGCUUGAAGGAUGUUGCUAAAUCCCAACAUCAGAUUCCAGGCCAAGCAGGGUUUGCAGAUUCUGCGGACAGCAAGUGCGAGGAGGAGCCUAACUUCAACCUAAGCUUCUGCCUAACCUCACGGGACAACCCCUGCUCCAAGAAAGGGGAUGGGAAACUUGCAGUGAAGAAGCCUGAAGUCUCUUUGACAACCACAAAGACCUCCGGAUCACACAGGGUGCAACAAUUGGCUCGCAGCCCCACGGAAAGUGGGAGAGUCAAAACACAAACAGUGAGAACGGAAGCAUCAGGAGUCUCACAGGCCAAAAAACAAAGUGGAUCAACUGUGAAGACAACCAGUAAGGUUACACUGAGACUCAAAAUGCAAAGCAUCAAGAAGCAAGAUGGCGGAAAAGAAACACUGAAAGUCCGACAUCACAAAGAAGAUUCUGACAAUCUUCUGCGUCAAACUUCACCAGCCACUCAAGAACCAGUUAGCACAACAACUUCUGUAAGUGCAACUCCACAAAUGAAGAACAUGGAAUCAGUCCUCAUUGGUACCGAUAGUCCCAUACCGUUCAAACCAAUGUUCAAGUCCACAACCACAAUGACGCCCAAAGACAACCUGGAACCAGAAAGUGCUUCCAAAAACAGUUGUGGAUUAAAGGGAAGUUUUACAGACGACUGUUCCAACACAAGUCCCAGUUUUGAGAGUGGAUCCAGAGAAAUUAUAGACUGUGGAAGUGGCAUCCAAACCAAUGUAGACUUGAACAUAUUGGCCAAAGACAACCCAAGUCCAGGGCCCAAAGCAAAAUCUGAUUCUUCUAAGAUGGAACUGACUCACUUGCCCUCUCCAGAACCACUCUUAGUGAGCAGAAGUCCAGGGUGUAGGUCGAGUUCUCCAGGUUCUACACUAGUCCAUCUAGCUCCUCUUGCUGCUUCCAGCCCGAAGACCAGAACCGGUGUUGCCGUGGUGACGCAGAAAGCAUGCACACCAGAGCCUGAAGCGGUGGACAAUUUGACAACGGGUCUUACCUUAGACUUAGUGGACAGGUCAUCACUGACAAGGGGAGUAGCUCCAACAGGUGGAUUGUGGAAGUUGACAGCGGAAGAAGGAACUAUGAAAUCCCAGAAGGCCAAGCAGGGACCUGAUGAGUCUGGGAGACCGCCUCAGAACAAAAUAUGUCAACUGAGAGAUGAAAAUGUCAACACCUCAUUUUCAUUCCGCUCUUCACUCCCUUAUUCUGCUCAUCCGGAGAAGCCCAAUCCCAGUGAGAUAGAGGCUAGAGAAGUGGGGGUCCAGGUGGAGGUGCAGGUGACAGAGCGCUCAAUUUCCACUAGUCCGAGCCUGCCAAGGGGAGCUCCGUGCUUCUCACUGAUUGGUUCUCCCAGUUGCCAAUCAUGUGACUUGACCUCACCAACUGUGUCACUGUGCUGUGUUCCAGCUGUCCAGUCCCUUCGGAAGCAUGUCUGUAAGAUUGACAUUGAGCUAUCCAGCCAUGUUAAAGAAGGAAUCGCUAAUAGCACCAUAGGAGUUGACGAGGUUGUGGAGAAAGUGAGGGUGCAAGCAGGAGCUAAGCCUCGGGAGGUGGCAAAAGACGACCAGGGAAUGACGUGGGAGGUGUACGGUGCUUCAGUGGACCCCGAGUCCCAAGCCACGGCCAUCCAGUCCCACCUUGAGUCCAAGAUCCGAAAGCAGGCAAAACAUAUCAAGUCUUUGAGGAGGUUUAUCAGGAAACACAAUAGGAGGAAGAGACAGAAUAAGAGGAAGAAGGAGAAGAAGAAAGGGGGAAGGAUGCUGGGAUGUUGCUGCAGGCCUCAUUCAGUGGAAGACUAAGAAAAUUCAAACAUGGACAUCAUCACUAUCUCACAGCAAGCAAAGCACAAUAGAGAUAAGACGGUCAUGCCAAUAAACAUAAAAUAAACUGCACCUUAUAUGUGCACUUUCUUGUGGAAGUAAAAUGUUAAUUUACUGAAGCAGAUCAAAUACUUUCACUUCUGUUAAAUAUUUCAGCAACUUCCUUUUCUUGGGCAAAAUGCCAGUUAAGUUAAAAAAAUAUGGAUCAGUUUAUCCAGCAGGACGUCAUUACGAAUGAAUGCAGCUGGAGCUUUUUAAUGAAAUUACUCUCUUACCUCACAUCUUUAACAUAAAACAAGCUCUCAUCUGCCAUAAGCACAUUAUUGAAACUUAGAAGAGCACUUAUCUUUCCUCAUCCCUCAUUUCAUCACGCCCCCUAUUCGCCCUGCACUUCUCUGAAUUAUUCAAAAACAUUAAAAAAUCCCGCUGAUGUCAACAACAGGAACUGGCUGCCAUGUUUUAUUCAGUCUGUACUUUGGGAUACACUUGAGGACUACAUUGUUUCCUUGAGAAAAAAAAAAGAGACCUUAGAUCAGGGGCCACAUUCAGUAGAGUACCCAUUUUGAUACAUGUUGUAUUGUGUAUAUCAGUGAUAU